GAAGAAAACUAGUACUUAUUGCGGGCAUCUCAGCCGGUCCUGGUUCCACCAAUUGUCGCAAUUCACAUAUCCCCGUUGGAGUCCUCUUUGAGUCAAGUACAAGUUCACCAUGGCCAACCCAACGAGAAAGAUUGUCUGCUUUUCAGACUUUGACGGAACGAUUUUCAUGCAAGACACGGGACAUGUCCUCUUCGAUAACCUGGGGUGCGGCGAGAAGCGCCGUCAGAUGCUCGAUGAGCAGAUCAAGUCCGGUGAACGAUCCUUCCGGGAGGUCUCCGAGGAGAUGUGGGGGUCGUUGCGGGUUCCGUUUGAAGAUGGGUUUGAAGUGAUGCAAAAGGAACUGGAGAUUGACCAGGGCUUUAAGGAGUUUCACCAAUUCUGCAUUGACAACGGGAUCAUUUUCAAUGUCAUCAGUGCUGGAUUGAAGCCUAUUUUGCGGAAAGUGCUGGACGCUUUCCUAGGCCAGGAUGAAUCAUCACAAAUUGGCAUUGUCGCAAACGAUGCACAGAUCAAACCCGACGGUUCGGAGUGGAAGCCGAUCUGGCGACACGAAACCGAACUCGGCCAUGACAAGGCCCUUUCCGUGAAGGAAGGCCGUGCGCAGGCCGAAGAAUUGAGCGAUGAGAACGAGGUCCCCCUCAUUGUUUUCAUUGGCGACGGAGUCUCCGAUCUGGCAGCCGCCCGGGAAGCCGAUGUGCUUUUUGCCCGGAAGGGACUUCGAUUGGAGGAAUACUGCAUUGAGCACAAUAUCCCCUACAUUGGCUUUGACAGCUUCACCGACGUGAAGAAAGAGGUGGAGAAGAUUAUGAAGGAGGAUCAAGAGAAGACUGGCGGCGUCGGUAAACCGGCUCGGUUUAACCCCCGCGCAAACAUGUGGAGACGGGUCUCCAGCAAGCAAGCAGUCCCUAAGUUUGUCGCCGCGACCCCGUCAAAGGAAGAGAAGAUGUUCCUUUGGCCGGAGAAUUUCUCCCAGUACCAACCUAAGCCUGUUCUGGAAAACAUGGCUUCUUAGAGCGCGCUUUCAACCCAACCAUGCAUAACGUGAUGUAUGCAGUAUAGAUAUAGAUACAGUUGAGGGUCAGGAAGGUUAUGACCCCAUAUAUUUUCAGGCGCAGUGUACAUAGGAAAGGAUUACGUUUAUUAAUGUCCAACUAGGCGGAAUGGAAAUACUUCCCGGGAAACCGCAAGUUAUGGUUUAGGUUUACAUCGAAAGUUUCACGCACUCUUUUAACUUCAUACAAACAAGGGCUCCGAAGUGAUGGCCAGAACCAAAAAGUAUGCCCAAUGCAACUUAGCGCUUACCAUCCACAAGUGCGGCACAGCCCCCGAGACCCACACGCUAAAACUGAAGAGCGAGGCUUAUGUUGGAUCGCUGCCAAUGGCCAUCCUUCCUUAUCCCUGACGAGUUGGUUUCCUCAUUCGGUAACCGUUGAGUUAUCGACAGUGAGAUGGGUUAUAAAAGCUGCCGGGCAGCUGUGACCUCUCUGUUUUAACUCACAUUCUAUU